AUGGCGACUUCCAGAGACCAAGCUAUUCAAAUAGACACCGCGGCGCCCUCAGACGUCAAGACAGCCGCUUCUCAUAUAGAGACAAACGAGGGAGAGGUUUGCAGUCAAGCGAACACAUUGGACUUCGAUCCUUCGCCUGUCAUGUUCAAAACGUCUGCGCCCGAGGUGGAGAAGCCAAUUGGUGCCCAAAACCAAGUCGUUAUCGAGGAUUCGGCAGAUGUCAAGACACCUACCCUUGGUUCUCCCUUCCCCUCACCCAAGCUUAUUGUGGAAGACAACAAGAGUGUUGCCUCUCUUGAAGAUGGAGAGAUCGUAGAGCAAGACCUUGACGGCGCAGUCGGAGCGAGCUCUGUGACUGUGCAAGAGCAACAACAGCAAAUUGACGAGAAGGCGGUGUCGAAGCUUGCAUCUCCGAUCGCCAAGAAGGAAGCUCCUCUGGCAUCGCCCCCUGGACUGCACGUCGAGGCCACCAAGACCGAAGUCGACAUCGGAACCGAGGACAGCGACUUCAAGACCGACACAGACGCGAACAUCGAGGCACCGAAGCCUUCGAGGCCAGCUCAUAGUCUACCCCCGCACAUGCGUCCUGACUUCCAGUCACCUCCAUCCCGCCUCUUCGGCCUUCCAGACCCAAGGCACAUGAUGUCGCCAAAUGAAGCCAAUCGAUUCAACGAUGCUCCGCGCGCCCCUCGCUCCCACUUCAAUUCACACGGAUCCCGAGGCGGCGACCACGGCGAUCGCGAACAAGUCGUCCGCAUGAACGCACAGGUCAUGAAGCUGAAGAACGAACUCGAUGCCGAGCGCAACAACGGCGUGCGUCUCCGCAAGUCUAUCGAAGAUGAGCAGCAGCAGAAAGUCGAAGCAGCCUCAUCCGUCAUGUUGACGAACCUUCUCCGCGACCAAGCCACAACCCUCACGCUCCAGUCCAAAGUCGAAGCCCGAGAGCGUGAUCUCGACGAACGGGAGCAGAAGAUUACGCAGCUAGAAGUUUACCUCACCGAAGGCCAGAAACAGCUCAUGUACGCGCUAGAAGAGAACGGCGAUAGACCGAUGAGUGCCGUGCAGAUGGAACACGCCCGCCGCGAAGCUGAACUCAGCGCGCAGAGGGCCAUGGCUGAUAUGAACGGUAAACUCAACAUCAAGAUCGAAGCCCUCCGUCUCCGCGAAGCAGCCCAACAAAUGCGCGAGCAAAACUGGAAAGCCAUUGCCCGCGAGCAACUCGAAGCUGAAUUCGCUGACAACUCCAUCACUCAUGAGAAAGCUGAUGAGGUUGCGGAGGAGGCGUAUAACGAUGGGUUUGGCGCGGGUAAAGAGGCGGGUCGGAAAGAGGCGCUCAAGGAGUCGCAUCAGCGCGGUUUUCUAGAGGGAUAUGGCGCGUGUCAUCGUACGCAGGUCGCUCUGAGUAAAAUGCGCCAGGGCCUUAUUGCGCGGGAUGAUCCGGAGUUGGACUUCCUGUAUGACGCCAAUCAUCCUCAUAACCUCUGGAACAUCGGUGAGAUGGUUGGACGCUUACAGCGAGACGACAAGAUCGUGCAGACAAAGGAAGAUGUGAAGAAGGAAACUCCAAACGAGAAGAAGACUCUCGCACCUGUCAAGGAAGAUGACGAUCCCGAAGAAAUCUCCAGGAUGAAUCACAAGGUCGAUGGUCGUACGAACGGUCUUUCCAGUGGCCACACCAACGGCCCCAACAACGGUCAUUCCAACGGCAUCAUCGGCAAUACCAACAGCAUCAUGAUCCACAAGCGCGAAGAACCAGUCAUCAAAAUGCCUCCGCCCCGCCCGACCUUCGCCGCCGAACUCCGCGGCCCCUCGCUCACGCAUAACGGACACAUUGUUCUUGCUAACAACGUCGCGUCGCCUGCAGCCAAGGAGACUGGUCGUCCGAUUAUCAAGUAUGAGGAUGAGGGCGUGAAUCUGAUUGAUCUUAUGUAG